AUGAAUCCGCUAGUAACGGAUCUGGCUCUGUAUGACGUCACGGGCAUGCCUGGAGUGGUUGCUGACCUCAGCCACAUCUGCACGAGAACCAAGGUCAGCAGCUACCUCGGGCCGUACGAGCUCCCAGAUGCGCUGCGGGGAUCGCACGUGGUGCUGGUGCUGGCCGGAGUGCCAUACCGGUCGUCCAUGGGGGACGAGGACCGAUUCUGCAUGAACGCGGGGAUUGUCAGAGGGUUGUGCGAGUCAAUUGCCAAGCAUAGUCCAGAGGCAGUGAUAGGCGUUAUCACAAACCCCCUCAACGCCACGGUGCCGAUAGCAGCAGAGGCGAUGGCGGAAGCAGGCAGGUAUGAGGCGAGGCGGCUGCUGGGCAUCACGUUGCUGCAUGGCGUGCGAGCCAGAGCCCUUCUGGCUGAGGCAACCGGACUGAAUGCCACAGAGCUGUCAGUACCCGUGGUGGGAGGCAACAGAGACAACACAAUAGUCCCUCUCUUCUCGCAGGCCACCCCAGCGGUUUCCCUGCGAGAGGACGAGCGGGUGAGGCUGGUGAGGCGGGUUCGGGCGAGUGGCAUGCAGGUGAUAACAGCCAAGGACGGCAAGGGCUCGGCCAUCAUGGCUCCAGCGUUUGCAGCUGCCAGCUUCACGAAUUCGCUGCUCAAGGCCCUGAACGGUGAAGCGGUUACGGAGUAUGCGUAUGUGGCUUCAAGUGUGACAGAUGCACCCUUCUUUGCUUCGAAGGUUCAACUUGGUCCCAACGGUGUGGAAAAUGUGUUCCCAGUUGGGGACAUGAAUCCUGGAGAACGGAAAGAUAUGGAAAGUGCUGUUAGGUUAAUAAAAGAAGACGUUGCCAAGGGCAUAGCAUUCAUGUCCACAAGAUGA